AGUUACCCCUUUCAGAGUCUAAUGUCAAUAUGGGACAUUCCGGAACAGGAAGGUUUUCUACUAAAAGGGCUUUUGUGCAUUUUAAGGGUACCAGGACUACUGAUACUUGAUAUCUGUUGGACUGAACGAGCCUCAAGUUUGAUCCCUGAAUCAUUUGAACCUGAGAACUUGGGAGAAACUGCAAUCAGUUUUUCUCUUCUCCUCCUGGGAUUAUGUGGAUUAUUACUGUCCCUGCGUGACCUGGUUGAUAUUUAUCUUCAUAUUAUUAGUGUUGGACUUGUAUACCUAGCUCACACCAUCACUAGUAUGCUUCUACCAGAUAUAUCAACUAAACUAUCCGUCCAGGCUUGUGUUCAAAGUAUCCUCUAUAUCCUUCUUCUAACUUUUAUAUUAAACUGGAGUUUAAGAAAAAAGGGAUUGUUUCCUUUGCUCUUCCCAUCUCUCUACACCCUACCCAUUUUUAUGGCAUUAGCGGGGUUCUCUACUGUGAACUAUCAGAGUAUUCUGUUAGUGAUUGAUAAAUUCAUGACCGGGGUUAUUCUUCUCUACACAUUGAAAACUGUUCCUACUGUCCUCAGAUAUAUGUCAGCGGUGAAGGAUAUCUACUCUGUAGUGUGGGAGGAGCUAGGAAACAUACAGUUCGUCCUUCUCAUUGCUCUCAGAGGGUUUCAACCUCCAGUUCUAGUUCUAUAUUGGAUAUUUUCAUUCUCCUCUCAGGCCUGGUUUUACUACAUGGACCUGGACACUGACAAGACUUACAUCAUUGAAGACAGGGAUUGGUUGGUUGAUUUGACAGUUAUAAUAUCGGAAACUUGUUAUACUCCGCUUAUCCUGAUCGGAUUGUGUACAACUAUCAUGGGACUUUCUAAAGCAGUAAUGGACACUUUGCUCUGGAUCUUCCGUAAGUGUGCUGGGGGUGAGGUUGGGGUGGAGAACCCUCUCGCACAAACUGGUUUUACGGAGGGGAUGGUGGCCUUCGUCCUAGCACUUCAGACUGGAUUGAUUGAUAUGGAAAUGCCAGUGCGAAUUGCCGCAACUUAUGCGAUCAUCUUCAACGUUACCAGCACUCUCAUACAGUCUGCCUUCGAGGUGUCCUGUCCUGUUUUGCUAGCUCUGCCUGCCAUUAAUAGAAGAUUAAUAUCCCAUAUACCCGUCCUACUAGUUGUUCUCAGUAUCCUUGUUAUACCCAUUCUCAUCCUCUUCUCAGUGUUUGACAAGGUCUCCAAUGAUUUAUGGCUGAUAAUUGUCAUUUCCAGCUACUUCGUUACAGUUAUCCAGGUGGUAGGAGCUCUAGUAACCUACUCCCUGUUUAUGUGGGAUUCGUUCCAACCUGAAGCAUCAGAGCAUAUGGACGACUAUGUUUUCUAUAUUAAGGCUGGAACAAAAGGAUUUGAACUCUUGGUUGCUAUUUCAAUUGUGACCGGUGGUAUGUAUGAGUACAUGAUGGAGGACACAGAGGCUUCGUUAUUGAAUCCCUUCAUCCUCUUGAUACACUGCUACUUCAACAUCUACCAGAGGAUCGCCUCGGGUUGGGCGACCUACAUGUCCCGAAGAGAAACUAAAAAACGUUUAUCUGAACUGCUGGAUGCAACUAAUGAUGAGCUUGAAGCGCAUGCAGAUGUUUGCAUUAUCUGCUAUAUGCAAAUGCAAUCUGCUAAGAAAACAGAGUGCGGCCAUUUCUUCCAUUCAAACUGCUUAAAGAGAUGGUUGUAUGUACAGGAUAACUGUCCCAUGUGCAGAGCUCCUAUAAUUCAUUUAAUCAAUGAUGAACAUAAUGAGAAUUCUGCACAAGAUGGACAUCAUGCUGCACAAGAACAGGCGCAUACUGCACAAGAUGGACAUCAUGCAGCACAAGAUCAGGCGCAUACUUCACAAGAUGGACAUCAUGCUGCACAAGAUCAGGCGCAUACUGCACAAGAUGGACAUCAUGCUGCACAAGAUCAGGCGCGUACUGCACAAGGUCAGGAGUAUGCUGUACAAUAUCAGCAUCUUGCUGCACAUGAUCAGGAGCAUGCUGCACAAUAUCAAGAGCAUACUGCACAAGAUCAACGCCGAGCUUUUCAUAGUCUCCAACCUGAGGAUAACGAUGAAGAAUGUCGUCCUUCACCCUUACCUGAAAACGAAACCUCCCCUAGUGAUAUAUCGGAACAUGUCGCCGAAGAAACCCGGGAGAACCUUGUCCUAGAAGAUAAUCAAAAUAACAACGAUGUUUUCCAAGAUAGCGCAACCUUGCGCCGUCGAAUAUUUGGUAAUGUUGCACCUUCAAACUGACAUUUUUAUUUUAAAUUAUUAAACAUCAAGAAUCCAAUCUAUAGGGAUAUAUAUUUUCCUCCUUUAUACAUAAAAAGCUUUUUGAAAAUUUUUCAAAACCCCUAAAUACGUGUGUCGUUUGAUAUCUGUUCUGCGUACUUCAGGGCUGUUCAUUAAUCUUGACAAAAAUUUAUAUAAUUAUACAAAUUCUUCCGUUGUCUCCUUUAAUAUUGGAUAUACUGAAGAAAAGCUUGUAUUUAAAAUGUAUAUCCUUAAAGUCUAAACACGUUAUCUCACCAGGAAUACCCCUUGUAAAUCUGUGAUAUUAUUAUACUUCUGUGUUCACUAACAUUCUCUAUGAUAAUUUUUAAGAAAAAUUACUUUUUGACUUCAUACAUAACUUCAGCUCUCUCUCUCUCUGGCUUAGCAAAAAGAAAGCUAUUAAAAACGAUUUAUGCUUUCUCUCUCUGGCUCAGCAAAAAGAAAGCUCUUAAAAACGAUUUAUGCUUUCUCUCUCUCUGGCUCAGCAAAAAGAAAGCUCUUAAAAACGAUUUAUGCUUUCUCUCUCUCUGGUUCAGCAAAAAGAAAGCUCUUAAAAACGAUUUAUGCUUUCUCUCUCUCUGGCUCAGCGAACAGAAGUUUCUAUAGAAACUAGGAUAUACGGUAAUUGGUUCAGUUAAGAUUUUUGAUCUUCAAAAGACUUCUCAGAAAUCUGAGAUAUAUUUCAAAAUUGUCUUGUCCAAAAGUUUGCUUUUUUACAGUAACCAAAUGCUUCCUGUGACAUAAGCGUACAAUGCUUCGUGAACGAAAUUACGGUUUGGUUCGUUUUUUUUUUUUGGCUCAGAUUAUUUUUUUACAUCAUUAAUAUCUUCUUGAAGCAUGUAAAAAUCUAAAGAUUUAUUUUGAAAAUCAAAAAUCUUGAAUAUAAAAGAUUAUCUAAAAUAUUAUAUUUUUCCAACACUUUAUCGUAUUUUGCAUUACAUUUUUUAUUAAGUUUUAAGGUAAAUAUAUCUUGAUUGUUAUGUUGUGCAUUAUACAUGUACAAUGUACAUGUUAUGUGUUUACACUGUACACUAAAAGGAUCAAUAAAAUGUCUUUUUAAUUG